GUAGGAGGGAAUACUCUCGAGCAAGUGGACGCGCGCGCGCACACACUCACACUCUCUGUCUCGCUCUUUGGGCACGCAUCGAUUCCACGCCCCUCGCUUCUUCUUUCCUUCUCUGUUUUUGAUGAGCACCUUUUUUUUUAAUUGCUUGCCCCCGUUUCCACUCUGAAUCCCCGGAAGAUGUUCGUCUUGUGGUCUGCUUUCGCUUUUCGACUGGGUUUCUUGAUUGAUGCGGUGGCAGAUUUCUUAGGGAUUUCCAGUUCGUAGAGUUUCUUUCGUUCUCUCGCGAUUGGAACUUACGGGUUUGCUUUGCAAGGAAGAAAGCUCCCAUUUCUGUUUGGAUUGAUUGGCGAAUCAAAGAUUUCUUUCCGAACCGGAGUCGCUUUUCUUGUUUGUAUCGGAGUCGGAAACUGUUACCUUCUUCCCUUGGAUCUAUAUUCUUGUUCCAGACUUGGAUGCAUUUAUUUCAACGGUGGUAAAUAGAAGUCCGUCUCUCGGAUGUCUUCGUUAAAGGUUCCAUUACUCUCAUUGAUGUUUUGCUUUUUGGAACGGUUUGUUUUUUACUAAAAGAACUUUGUUUUAUGUGAGCAGAGUUACUCUGUUUUUCCAAUAUUUGGGUUUGUCUUAUUGUUGAAACAGGAAAUAAGGAACCGUCUUAAUCUGUUAGAUUCCAAUAAUCGUCAUAUUUUAGUGCAGAAUUUUGCUGUAGUGUAACACUGAACAAGGAAGGAUAGUGGAGAUAUGGGCUGUGUCUGCUGCCGUUUGGGUGGGGAUAACUUGACUCAGCUAUUUGAAGAUGUGUUUGAUUCAUUGUUUCAGAGGAGAGAACGAGUUGCUCCUUCAGAUGUGCAGGAGGCAGUUCCUCCAACUCCUACGUCUCCGGUAGGAGUUGAUACAGACUUUUCUUUUCCAAGGCCAUUGUCAUACGAUGAUCCCAGACUCACUCAGUCGCAGUGCCAGAAUAAUGGACUUGUGUUAGGGCGUGCCGAGGUUCCAACGCAUCUUCAUAAAAAAUCUGAACCACUCAGAUCUGAAAAUGUUACAGACGCAGAAUCAACAGACAGAAAGGAGAAUAUUGAUGGAUCCAAGGCAUGUGUUUCUGAGAGUUCACUGAAGCUGCAAUCAGCACAAAUGACAGUGGGAUGUUCACUAUCUGAGGAUGAAGAUGUGUGUCCAAUAUGCCUUGAGGAGUACACAUAUGAAAAUCCAAGGGUUGAUAUGCAGUGCACUCAUCAGUACCACCUCGGCUGUAUAUAUGAAUGGAUGGAGAGAAGUCAAAACUGUCCAUUCUGUAGCAAGAUAAUGCUUUUUAGCGAAGAAACAUGAUCACGUCUGUCUCACGGGUCUCCCUGUGGAGGUUAAUACUCGAAGCUGCAAAUUUCCUGUGAAUGCGAGUUUUGAAGCUGCAGAUGAAAGAUUGUUUCCAUUUGGAUAAGCUUUGCCCCGUGGUUUCUUUACUUCUCUUAAUUUUCUAUUUUCUUUGUCGUUCACUUUCUGAGACAAAACCUUCUUCCAGAAAGUCAACUGAUAUCACAUAUAGAAUUGUGGAUAUGUUGAUCGUAUAUUUACUCCAUUAUGCUUUGUUAACUAUGUCAAA